AUGGCCGACCUCCCCACCUCUUUCGAUCAGCCCAUUCACAUUGGUGUUAUUGGCGGCACCGGCCUGGCCCAGCUCGAAGGCUACGAGCCCAUUGCCGUCGUCAACCCCGUCACGCCUUGGGGCACUCCCGCCUCGCCCAUCUCCAUCCUCUCCCACAAUGGCGUAAACGUGGCGUUCCUUGCCCGUCACGGGGUGCACCACCAGUUUGCGCCUCACGAGGUUCCCAACCGCGCCAACAUUGCUGCUCUCCGCCAUCUCGGUGUCCGAUGCAUCAUCGCCUUCUCUGCCGUCGGCUCUCUCCAGGAGGAGAUCAAGCCCAUGGACUUUGUGGUCCCUGACCAGGUUAUCGAUCGCACAAAAGGUAUCAGGCCGUUUACCUUCUUCGAGGGUGGCGUUGUCGGCCAUGUUGGAUUUGCGGACCCGUUCGACAACAAGCUGGCUCAGAUUGUCAAGACUUGCGCGGCGCAUAUGGAGGGCGAGGGCGUGGUGCUUCACGACAAGGGCACUCUCAUCUGCAUGGAGGGACCUCAAUUCUCCACCCGUGCCGAAUCUCACAUGUACCGCUCAUGGGGUGGCUCCGUCAUCAACAUGUCUGCUCUCCCCGAGGCCAAGCUCGCUCGUGAGGCAGAGAUUGCUUACCAGGUCAUCUGUAUGGCAACCGACUACGACUGCUGGCACUCAUACGAGGAUGUCAAUGUCGACAUGGUCUUGAAGUACAUGCAGGCCAACAGCCAGAACGCCAAGAGACUGGUAGGAGGUGUCCUGGACCAGCUUAUCAAGCUUGAGCAAAGCGACCUUGUUCUGGCCAAGCACUGGGAGGGCACUUCUUCCGGAGCUGUCAAAUUCAUGACUAAGCCUGCUGGAAGAAACCCUGAGGCCAUGAAGAAGAUUGAGUACUUGUUCCCAGGCUUUUGGGAGAACUAG